AUGCGUUCCAAGUCCCUUGACGACGCAGCUUAUCAAGCCCUCAUGGCCGCUGAGAUCGACCGUCUUCGUGCUCGAAUCAACGGACCAGCGGUUUGCAAGCUUGCCUCCAGCCUAAAUGCAGGGAAGCCUUGUGUACUAGAAUAUCCUUCAAAGGUUGUAGGAUUAGAAUCUCUCACGGGCUGUGCAAAUUACCAUGCUCGCGUCCAGUUUGAGGAUGGGUCGCCUCCGUGGCUUUUACGAGUGCCGCGAGUUACUGGCUUUGCUGUUGGCCUUCCUUUACCUCUUGCCGAAUACCUGAUUCAAAGCGAGUAUGCGACUCUAAAAUUCCUGGAGACUACCAAAGUGCCAGCGCCGCGGGCAUUCUCGUUUGGUAUCCCGUCCCAGGGAACCGAUUGUGGCGUCGGAGUCUGCUUUCUUCUGAUGGAGGAGUUAGCUGGUAGACCUUGGGAUGGCCGAGGAGACACCUCGAAGGUUUGGCAACGCCUUGGAGAGAUCCUGGCGGAAUUGGAGAAGCAUGAGUUUCACCAAGCCGGUUCUCUAUGUGUCGAGUACCCUCAAGAUCAACCUUCAGUUUCUGCUGCAGCAAGCGACAGAUUCGUUUGCCUCGACCCUUGGGGCCCAUUUGAAACGGCAACAGAUUAUUACUCAGCCUGGGCCGAACAGCAUCUCGCGCUGAUUGUUGACGGCCAGCUGUACCCACAAUUCCCGAUCGAGGCCUACCUGGUGUAUCGAUUCCUGAAGAGGAACGCGAGCACGUUGGCCGAUGGCGAUGAUGGGUUUUUUCUCAGGCAUGUUGACGACAAAGGUGAUCACUUGAUGGUUGACGAGCAAACCAACAUCGUUGGUAUCGUUGACUGGCAGAUGGCACGUGUCGUUCCGCGACGAGAGGCAUUUGCGUUGUCACUUAUCUCCGCGGAUAUGGGUGCUCUGUGUGAUGGUAAAGUGUCGCUUAGUGCGAAGGACGUCGCACUUGCCGAUGCUUUGCGGGAAAAGAGCGCACGAUUGGCGGAAUGCAUGGGGGAUGAGAAAAUGAGGCGAUUCUUUUGGGGAUUGGGGCUAGAGCAUGAUUGGACCUUUGCAUUACCGUUAGCGAAGGCCAUACUUCAGGUCUUCGGAGUAGAACAGGGCUGGGACGAAUGGAGAGAGGAACAGUUGAGGGAGUGCAAGAGCGACGAACGUCUGACAGCGCUUUUGAAAGUUUGUUGA